CAAAAAAGACUGACUCUCCGAGCUGUGGAGCAGAAGUGAUGGACUCUGCGCCAGGAGGCCAGCAAGCCGCAGCUCCAGGGCUCUGUACAGCAGCACACUGCUGAAGGCUGGCCAUGCAGCAACAUUGAAGAGCCACAUCUUUCAGCAAACUCCAGCAGAGAGAAAUACACAGCACGUUUAGGACAUUUUAGAGUAUUUAUCUACUGAUCUAUUCCCAGAAGAAAAGAACAAGGCUUCCCUUCAUGCCUGCAGGAUCAUAGAGGGGUCACAGAGAUUCGAGUCGUCUCUGGGGCUGCGUCCAGAGCCCGUGUGGGUGUCCAGGGUCUGAAGGCUUCGGACAGCUGACCACCACCAGGAGCAGCGGCAGGCAGACAGAGGAAGAGCGAAUUCCAGGAUCAGCCUCCACCACUGGGAUGACAUUUUUCCCUGAGGCUUUUCGGACAGUACUGGAAGGACAGCAGAGGAUCUAAAGGGAAAACUUAUCUGGCAAACAGCAAUACGGGAGCCACUGCCACCUGGACAAGCACUCACACGAGCGGUCACGCACGCGCACGCGCCAUGAGGCUCCCAGCUGUGGUCAUCCUUGUCCUGCUGUGGACGGACUCAGGAGCUCAAGCAGGCCAAACGCAGGAGUUCGAGACCAGCGAGGACGGGGAGCUCCUGUACACCCGGCGGCACAAGCGAGCCCCUGCCCCUGAGCCCGAGCCCCAGGACAAGUGCUCGUACACCUUCAUCGUGCCGCAGCAGAAGGUGAAGGGCGCCAUCUGCGUCAACUCCAAGGAGCCGGAUGCGGUGCUGGAGAACCGCGUGAACAAGCAGGAGCUGGAGCUGCUGAACAGCGAGCUGCUGAAGCAGAAGAGGCAGAUCGAGACCCUGCAGCAGCUGGUGGAGGUGGACGGGGGCAUCGUCAACGAGGUCAAACUGCUGCGCAAGGAGAGCCGCAACAUGAACUCCCGCGUGACUCAGCUCUACAUGCAGCUCCUGCACGAGAUCAUCCGCAAGAGGGACAACGCCCUGGAGCUCUCGCAGCUGGAGAACAAGAUCCUCAACCAGACCUCCGAGAUGCUGCAGCUCACCAACCGCUACAAGGACCUGGAGCACAAAUACCAGCACCUGGCCUCGCUGGCCAACAACCAGUCCAUCCUCAUCGCGCAGCUGGAGGAGCACUGCCAGAGGAUGCCCAUCACCAUCCGCCCCAUCCCCCAGCCGCCCCCCUCCCAGCCCAACAAGCACUACCAGCCACCCACCUACACCCGCAUCACCAACCAGAUCACCAACGAGAUCCAGGGAGACCAGAACCUCAAGGCCCUGCCACCCCCACUGCCCACCAUGCCCAGCGUCACGCACAGCCCCUCCACCACCAACAAGCCCUCCGGGCCCUGGAAGGACUGCCUGCAGGCCCUGGAGGACGGCCACGACACCAGCGGCAUGUACCUGGUGAAGCCGGAGAACGCCAACCGGCUCAUGCAGGUGUGGUGCGACCAGAGGCACGACCCCGGGGGCUGGACCGUCAUCCAGAGGAGGCAGGACGGCUCCGUCAACUUCUUCCGCAACUGGGAGAUCUACAAGCAAGGCUUCGGCAACAUCGACGGGGAGUACUGGCUGGGCCUGGAGAACAUCUACUGGCUGACCAACCAGGGCAACUACAAGCUCCUGGUGACGCUGGAGGACUGGUCCGGCCGCAAGGUGUUUGCGGAGUACGCCAGCUUCCGGGUGGAGUCCGAGGCGGAGUACUACAAGCUGAGGGUGGGCCGCUACCACGGCAACGCGGGGGACUCCCUCACCUGGCACAACGGGAAGCAGUUCACCACCCUGGACAGAGACCACGACGUCUACACAGGAAACUGUGCCCACUACCAGAAGGGAGGGUGGUGGUACAAUGCCUGCGCCCACUCCAACCUGAACGGCGUGUGGUACCGGGGCGGGCACUACCGCAGCCGCUACCAGGACGGCGUCUACUGGGCCGAGUUCAGAGGGGGCGCCUACUCGCUGAAGAAGGUGGUGAUGAUGAUCCGGCCCAACCCCAACACCUUCCAUUAAAAACCACACCAGCUACAAAGCACACGCGCGUGGACACCAGGAACUACAGCGUGUCUCUUCCUAGCGAUGUCCUGCCUGUUCACUUGUUUCUCAGAAAAGUGCAAUUUUACAGCGUUUCGUUUUCUGUUGUAUGUUCUUGUGUACGUGUUUAUGUUCUGCAAGUAUCUAGAUGAUCACCAGUGGAAACACGAUUCACAUGCCAAGCUCAUGAAGACAGCUGGAGCCCUCUCUCUGCGCUCCAAAGGGUUCAGACCAGCCCAGCAGAAUUCCUAGCGGGAGUGAGUUCCCAGAGGGAAGGAGACUGAGCUUCUGUGCCACUGGGAGAUUCUGCUACUGUGCAGAAGAACACUUCAAACCAGCUCAGCGCCAAAGAGCACUAAAAGACUUCCUUUGUUUCCAUUUGCAUUUUUUUAAACUUUGGGUCCCACACAAUGAUUUGUGCAGCACUCCUGCGGUGAUAAGUGAGAAUGUGAAGCUGUCUAUUUACAUCUGCAGUCCAAUACAACAACAAAAAAAAGAGUGAAGACCCCAGCGAUGUUUCAGCCAGUUUGUGACGGAACAUCUGGGAAAAGGAAACUCUGGCAUCCAGUUAGACCAGCAGUAGUGACCCAACAAUGUAGCUCCAAGUCCUGAUCUGUAUAAUACUGCUUAAAUAUAUUUUUUUAAAAAGACACAGGAACAUGUAUCCAGUGAUAUCAUGUAAAACAUUCAUAGGAAGUUAGCUUGACUGUUUAAAUCAAACAAACAUCCUGUUUAAGUGAAAGCUUUGGCUAUUUAUUUGGUAUGAGCAAAGUUUUAAUAAUGUUUCCUGAGACACGCUUCUGCCAGGUGCAUCCACAGCACAGAAUAUGAACUGAUGUCAGGGGAGCAGCACAGGGCUGCUCAACAGUGCCAGGGGCAGGGCUGGGAUUAGUGCUCCAGCACUCAGCUCCCACUGAAAACAGCACCUCCUAGGUCUUUCCAGGUGCCUGCAGACUCCUGGUAAACACCCGUGAGGGACUCCCAGCUCCUCCGGUUGGCACUGAACCUCCUGCACUUCCCUGCAGAGCUCACAGUGUCCAGAGGUGGCGGGCCUGGUGGGCGGGCGGGCCAGGGGAGCACUUCCUCCUGUUCCCCCCAUGUGUGUACAGGGGGCGCCACUGUGGCGGUCCUGGAUUCUACAUUGCAUGUGUAUACAGUGUAAUCAAAACCAUUAGUAGCUCACUUUAAAAAAAAAAAAGAUUAAGAAGACAUUACUCAGAUCCCUAAAUACAGCCCAGUUGCACAGCUUUAGGUCAUUACUACACAGCAUCAAACACAGGAAUGGCUCACUGAAGGUCUUGAACCCUGUUUUUCCAUGACUCAGUCAUGGGAGUGAUUUCCAAGAGGGGUUUAAUCUGCAGAUGCAUUUUCAUUCUGAUGUUUAAAGAAAUGACAAACUGUUCAUAAACCAUCAAUAUCCUGAUGAGGGACAGAAAAAGGCAGACAGGAGGGGACUGCGGUAGAAAAAGUUCAGCUCUCCCAAAGCACCAGCUGAAAGAACUGAGAAAACCAACAAGAUGCCAAGUACAGCUCUAACCACGUUCCUCCAGCUUAGGUUAGUCUUUGAGCAGCUGACUAUGAUUAAGUAGAAAGAGGGGGUUUCUCUUCACAUUCUGCACUACAUUUCCUUGCCCUCUAAAUCUGUGUGAUUGACAAAACAAGUCUAUCAUGACAGGUGCAGAAUAGCUCCCUGUUUCACUUCCUCAUAAAAAGACAACAAGGACACCCAGCAGCUCUGUCACCCAGCAAGCCCUGCCUGCCAGGGGGCUGGAGACCCACAGAGGCCUGGCGACAAACCGUGUGCACCAUGUAGUCAUAAAGGAGACGACUUGCUUCAAAGGCAAGUGAAUACAUUCAGGUGGAAAUUUCAGUUAAGAACAGUACUGAGAUAGAUAUAAUUUCAUUAACGAUGUAUAGAAUAGAUCGUCUAUCUCAGUGUGGUCCCUACACCGAGCAUUCCUGAAGUGGGUCUUUCGUAUUUCCGGACGCACGGAGGGUGUUUGGGUGAAUGAGAGCCUCAGAUCUCCCCCUGCUCUGCAUGCAAAGGCUCUGUGUGGAGAUGAGAAGCAUCACCACCGGUGCCGCCUGUUAACAGGAACUCCAGCAGCCGAGCUCCCCAAUUCAGGUCCAUCUAAGGGUGCACCUUGGGCUUCAUCGUCUUGCUGACAGAGUUAAUAAAACCCCCCAAGUCAUCCAUUAGAGUCUUUCAAAAUUUAUAUUCAGCUUCCUUAAACUAACAUGAGUCCUUGGAAGACCCACUAUAUCAGUUUUUAUUUCAGAGUUGAAAAUCCCCUUUAAUGAUUAUUUUUUUUUAUUCCAUAACCUUGAGUAUCUGUCAUGAACAGCAGUGUACUGUAUGUACAGUAUAAAUUAAUCGUAGGUUACAUGAGAGAGAUAUUACCUGUCUUUUCUGUACAUAGGAAGUCACCUUAUUAAAAUAUUUUUGUAAUAUAAUGUAUCAUUCUCCCAUGUAUGGCCGAUCUGUUACAAUAAACUUCAUGUACAGCUA